GGCAAGGCGAGCGCUCUCAGUGCAGGUUCGGCUGUUGGGAUAGAGUAUCAUCAGUGAGAAGACAUGGAGGUGCCACGCGCGGCGCGCAGUGUGAGCAGCCCCACGAGCCCGUGCGAGGACGUGAUGAAGAAUCUGAGCUUGGACGCGAUCCAGCUUUGUGACAGAGAAGGAAAUAAGUCCCAGGACAGUGGCAUUGCAGAGAUGGAGGAGCUCCCUGUUCCUCAGAACAUUAAGAUCAGUAACAUUACGUGUGACUCCUUCAAGAUCUGCUGGGACAUGGAUUCCAGAGCCAAGGAGCGCAUUACACACUACUUUAUUGACCUUAACAAGAAAGAGAACAAGAAUGCCAACAAGUUCAAGCACAAGGAUGUACCCACUAAACUGGUAGCAAAAGCAGUGCCUCUGCCCAUGACGGUCAGAGGCCACUGGUUUCUGAGCCCACGUACGGAGUACACUGUAGCCGUCCAAACAGCCUCCAAACAGAGUGAGGGCGAUUACGCCGUCUCCGAGUGGAGUGACGUUGUGGAGUUCUGCACAGCCGAUUACUCCACGGUCCAUCUCACACAGCUGCUGGAGAAAGCCGAGGCUAUCGCAGGCAGAAUGUUGCCAUUCUCUGUGUUCUAUCGCAACCAGAACAAAGAGUACUUUGACCAUGCAAGGCAUGCACAGGAAAACAAGAUGCUGCCGUCGGUGAAGGACAACAGCGGCAGCCACGGCUCACCCAUUAGCGGCAAGCUGGAGGGCAUCUUCUUCAGCUGUAACACCGAGUUCAAUACGGGCGCCCCACCACAGGACUCACCGUAUGGCCGUUUCCGCUUCCAAGUUGCAGCCGAGGCUCUCUUCAACCACGAUACCAACCUGUACUUCGCCGAUUUCUACUGCAUGUACACGGCAUACCACUAUGUCAUCCUGGUUCUGGCACCACGCGACUCACCAGGCGAUGAAUUCUGCAAGCAGAGGCUCCCCUUGCUGGAUAGCGGCAACAACCGGUUUCUGACGUGUGCUGCGGAUGAAGAGGGUCACCUUUCUUUCCACCAUGCACAGGACAUCAUCCUUGAGGUGAUAUAUACAGACCCGGUGGACCUGAGUCUGGGUUCGGUGGCUGAGAUCAGUGGGCACCAGCUCAUGAGCCUGUCUACCAUCAACGCCAAGAAGGACCCCAGCUGCAAGACCUGUAACAUCAGCGUUGGCCGCUAAAUCCCUGUUUAAAUUCCCCUUGGUGUCCAGUUCUGUUCUCCUGUUUUCCUUCCAUGAGCUCUUUUCUUUAACUCUCAUUUAAUAACCCUUUAGGAGACUCAAGCCUCCUCAACAGCAUGUGUCUCUCAGCUUUUUACCAAACACUCAUCUGUUAUUGAGUAGGACUAUACAGUUCCGUAGCCCUAUUUUUCUAUCUACUGUAUGUCCGGAUGCAUCAUUAGGAUUACCCUUGUGUCUGUCAAAAAAAAAAGACAUUUGCUUCUUUAAUCCUUAUCGGCUGUGAAACUUUAAACCAUGUUUUAGAGUUACAAUGUUAUAUUUUGCCAAAGGAAAAAACAUAAAGUAGCAUCCCGAUCGAGCCGAUAAUGUAGCUAAAUAUACUGUAUAACAAAGCUAUAUAAGCGUGUAUUAAUAUCACACAGUAUUCGAAUCAUUCUAGAGAUCGUAGCAGACAUCUCUGCAGCAUGAUUCUGAAAUCGGAAUUGAAAAACGAUGACAUCAGCACUUCUUUGAUCGCUGUUCUGCAGUGUUUCAUGUUAUUUAUUCAAAUCGUAAAACCUAUUAUACUGUGUUUGACACAUAAUAAACAUGCCAAGUAGUAGAAAUAGAAAAAUAUUUAUUUUUAAACCAGUUUAUAGAAAACAGAUGGAAUCAGAAGAAGUGCACAAUACUGGGGACUUUGGGACAGGAAAUGGAUGCACACUAGAGCGGAAAGAAUUUCUCAAAACUCAAAUUUGCACAAAAUCUACUGCAUAAACCAAUGCAAAAUUAACAUGCACUAAAAGAUAUCGUUCAAACAGCGAAAUAUUCAUCGGGGCUGUGUACGUACGUCGAAUUCGGCCUGAAACACGGCAAACAUGACACCGAACAAACCACACUUGAUUGUAGAAGAUCUCAACAAUUCAAAGUCGGCUGGCAUGCAAGACACAAAACACGACUGUAAUAAGUUGUCGCGGUCGAAAUGGCGAAACAAUGUUGGUUAGAUCCAUCAUCGAUUGUUGAAGGGAAAUCCAAGGCUUUUUUUUUUUUUAACUUCUUUUGAGUGUCUUACACUUUCAGACCAUAAAAAAGGACCGUUGUGCUUUAUAGUAUAGCAUAGUUACAUUUUAAGUAUAUAUAUAGACUACUGUGCAAAAGUCUUGAGCGCUCUCGUUUUAUUAUAUUUUGCUCCCAAAGAGCCAGACGUUCACGUAUUUUUAAUGUAGUCUUGAGGAAUAGUUUUCCAGGCUUCCUGAAGGACUCAUAUUUUCGGUCCAGUCCCUGUACCUGAACAGUUUCAGAGGAAUGUUUUUUGUUUAUUAAGCCACAUAGUGACCUAAGUAUCACUCAAGAAUAAUCUAAUAAUAAAAAGUCUACCUUAAGGCAUGAGGCGAGAAGAAACAGGUGCUGAUGAUGACAGAUGAUCAGGCUGGUGAUUAAUAUACUAAAUGGUGAAACAGACGAGAGAGGAAAUGAGGUUGCUGAUGUUACGGGGGUUUUUUUUAAUCUAUCUUUAGGCACUUUUUCACAGAUGUUUCUAUUUCUUUACCUGGAUCCACAUUAUUUAAUUUAAUAAUUUAAUAUGAAGAAAUGAGGCACGGCUCAGAACUUUUGCACAGUAUCCCUUAAAAAAAAUCCAUUUCAUCUUUCACAUUUAUGCCAAGAGGCUUCUAAAUGUGUCACAGUCUUCAGUUCAUUUCAUUAUAAGUGAAUAAAAAAAAAAGUAUAAUAGAGUGUAAUAGAGGGACACAUUCACAAUAGGUCACUAUAGUUCACAUUGUAUAUCAGUUGUCACUAAUACAAGCGUUUCUGUGCUUCAGCACACAGCUGGUGAGUUUGCAUAUGAUUAAAAAUCUAAGUGCUCUGGGUUUUAGCAUAAAAGUUUGGCAUUUGCUCACGACAAAAAUCCACCCCCCUUGUCUUGCGCCCUGAGCAUUAUGGUCUGAUCGUCUGAGAGCACACUGUCAUUUUGUUUCAAAUUACAUCAGAAUGACAAAAAACUCAGAACAAGAAACCAAGAAAAUUGCAUAUUGAUUCAGGCUUUGGUUAACAAAAAGACAAAAAAAAAAAAAAACAAUAUAAAGUGCCAUAUUUUAUCUUCUUUCUUUAUAUAUAUAUAUAUUUAAGACACAUGAUGUUUUUAGUCUCUGCUGAGUUUGAAAUGAAGAAUGAGCACAAAACAGAGUAUUUACAUGUUACGCCAUGCAGUAGCCAUGUAAGGCUUUUUUUCCUUUCUUUUUUUUUUCUUUUUUUUGAGAGAUAGAUCAAACCCUGUGUCUGGGAUGUUUGGGCUGCUCAAUGUUGAAUUAGUGUUAAAGUGCAUUGUAGUGGUACGAUCAUGGCACAAGCAUGUAAUUUGUAAGUAAAAACAUGGUUUGGUCCAAAAUGUCUAGAUCUGUAUUGAAAGGCAAACCAGUAUACAAUCUCACAAACACACACACAUACACACACGUGGAUAGUCUAUGUGGUUUCCUGUUUGCUAAGUAGAACCUCCAGCAAGCGCAGUUUGGCUUUCAGGCUUUUGUACUCUUGGUAUUCUUCUGUCAUGGGAAUCCGGUCAUCCUUUUGCGCAGUCCUUGUGAGAUCGGAAAGCAGAAAAAAGGGGGAAAAAAAUAAAGAAGGAAAAAUUAAUAGCGACCUUGUGAGUCCAUUUACGAAGUGAAAAUAACCCUUGUGUUGCCUUAUUGAAAUAGUUUUGUACAUCAGUGGAUAUGAGCUAAAAGAAACUAGAUUUUAUUUUCUGCUGAACUUUUGAAAUACUACAGUAUGUACAGCAUCGGUGUGUGUUUCUUUGGUGCAUUGAGUUGUUUUCCUUUCGUCUUUGCCAAUUCUUUUUUCUCAACCGUGUUGAUGUAUAUUAGGCAAACUAUACCGAAAUGCCUAGAGUGUAUCUUUUUCUUUCUCCUGCUGUUCAUGUGUUACAAACACCAAAUGUAAUAUACGUAUUCAUUAAAACAUGUUAACACCA